CAGGUGGCGAGGGCGGCUGCGGGGGCCGGCGCAGCCAGGAGAGCCGCCCGCCGCAGCCCCCGCGGUGCUCGCCCGAGCGGCCGCGGACGGUGUGGCGCAGCCGCUGAAGGGCCAGCCCGCGGCCUGUUGGCAGCCGCGCUGCCGAGGCAGCGCUGCGGGCCCGGCGGUGCGUGUGGGCGUGCUCGGCCCUCGGGCGUCGCGCAAUGCCGGGGCAAGGGUAGGGGCCUCUCGGGCGCGAGGCGCGUUGGCGCGGGCUCGGCCGGCCGCUCCGGCGCGCCGCAGAGCAGGACGGAGGAGGAGGCAGGCGUUGCGUUCUUUGGCAGAGGCGGAGGAGCGCGAACAGAAGGCGCGCGCGGCUGGGAGCGUGGCCUCCGACACGUCGCCUCGUGGGCGUCCCCGAGGAGGCCCUCUCUCGGCUCCCCUCCUCUCCGCGGCGGCGCCAGCAGGGGGGCGGCCCGAGGGAGGUGGCCUUCUCAGGAGGCCCCUGUCUCUUAAGAGGCCCCCCGCCGUCUUAGAAGCCC